AUGGUUUUGACGGCACAUUUUGUUAAUAGGAAUUGGGAAUUAGAGAAAAAAAAUUUAUCCUUCAUUCAAUGUCCACCACCUCAUAACGGUCUUAAUUUGGCUGAGAAGUUAAUAAGUUUGCUAAAGGAAUGGGGUAUUGAGAAAAAAGUAUUCACAAUUACUUUAGAUAAUGCAUCUAACAAUGAUGUUAUGGUGAAUAUAUUGAAGAAACAUUUAUUAGCAGGAUUAGGAUUGAUAGCUGAAGAAACUUAUUUUCAUGUUAUAUGUGGAGCACACAUCUUAAAAUUAAUUGUACAUGAUGGUUUAAAGGUGAUAGAUGGUUCUUUGGAUAAAAUUAGGUUGUGUGUGAAAUAUGUAAGAGGCUCGGAAGCUCGAAAGAUAAAAUUUGUAUCUUGUUUAGAGCAACUUUCAAAUGUGACUUCUAAUCAAGUUCGUUAA